CUAACGAAUAAUGACAGUAGAGUUAUACUGUCACACAUAAUUUUGGACAGCUAAAAGCAAAUAGUAGAGCCAAAGUAAUAGCUUUAGGGAACGGAAGAGCGCAAUGUAUGCAGCCGUGAAACCCCUCUCCAAGUAUCUGCGCCUUAAGACGGUGCGCAUAUAUGAUCCUAUCUUCACACUGCACUCGAAGUGCACCAUCGUGAUCCUGCUGACGUGCACCUUCCUGCUGUCGGCGAAGCAGUACUUCGGUGAGCCCAUCCUGUGCAUCAGCUCCGAGAAGCACACGGAGUACGUGCAAUCCUACUGCUGGACCAUGGGCACCUACAUCCUGCCCGCCGAGCGCGACAGGGAGAGCUCCAGCAGCUGGGACUUUGGCUUCUACUCGUCCUCCACCGCCGAGGCCUUCAAUCUGAGCAGCCUGCGCGCCCUGGUGGCCCACAAUGAGCAGUAUGCCCGGGUCAUCUCGAUCGCCGAGGGCGUAGGCCCCGAAACGCGGGGCGUUACCAAGAGGCUAUAUCUACGCUACUACCAGUGGGUCUUUAUGAUCCUGCUCUUCCAGUCGCUGCUCUUCUACUUCCCCUCGUUUCUGUGGAAGGUGUGGGAGGGGCAGCGCAUGGAGCAGCUCUGCAGCGAGGUCGGCGACGCCCUCAUCCUGGAGUCCACCUACCGCACCCGGCUACAGAUGCUCACCAAGUACUUCCGCGCCCAGUUCUCGCCCAUCCACUGCUGCUACUCGCUCAAGUACGCCUUCUGCGAGCUUCUCAAUCUCGUCAUUAGCCUUCUGAACUUCUGGCUGAUGGACGUUGUGUUCAAUGGGUUCUGGCACAAGUAUAUCCAUGCCCUGGCCGCCAUACCCGUGUACGAUUGGAAUUUGUGGAACCUGAUGACAUCGCGGGUUUUUCCCAAGGUGGCCAAAUGCGAGAUGUUUGUCUACGGGCCAAGCGGCACACCGAAUAUCCUGGACAUUCUGUGCGUCCUGCCGCUGAAUAUCCUGAACGAGAAGAUUUUCGCGGUGCUGUAUGUGUGGUUCCUGUUCAUCGCGAUGCUGGCGGCGAUUAAUAUCCUGUACCGCCUGCUGCUCUUCUUCUGCUCGGAGUUGCGGCUCCAACUGCUGCGCACCCACCUGCGCGGAAUGCCCAAGGCGCAUGUGCGCGAGGUCCUCGCCAACGCAGGAUAUGGUGACUGGUUCGUGCUCAUGUGCGUCAGCAUCAAUGUGAAUACCUCGCUCUUCCGGGAACUUAUCGAGCAGCUCUAUGCCAAACAGAGGCAGGCUCGUUCCAUGGAUAUGGAAACCGAAUCCGUGUCCCCAUCCGCAGACAUCGGGCAUCCCUCGCAGCAACUGUCGCAUCCCGCGCAGACCAAGCUUGAUAGGAGCAUCAGUCACAAUUGCAACAUUGGAAUCGAUCCACUGGCCGAUCGUCACUCCAUUAGCACAGUGAGCAGCCAUCGGCAGGAGGUGCCCGCAAGACCCACAGCCCCGACCCUCAAUUUAAUGGCGCCCAACGACGAAAUCAUCAGCAUAGAUCGCUUCUACCAUGAGAGCAAUGCCUAGGCUAUGGACUUUCUAUAAAGUUUAGUUUUCUAUGAAUUGUU